CACCCAUUCACAUCUUGACUCUGAACUAUUUCUUUCUAUAAUCAUUGCACGUAGUGAUAAAUCUCACUUCACGGUGUUGCAGUGGUAAUCAAAAUGAUGGAAGUUGGGCAGAUUCUGCUCAUUAUUUGUGCCAUUACAUCAUGUUUGGCAUGCGCUGCUCGCUUUUAUCUUCGUGUUAUUGUCAAGAAGCGGGUUGAGCUCCUCGAGUUUGCUUUGAUAUUUGCUACAGUUAUGCAAUUAGUUCUCAUUGGAAUGCAACUGCGCAUUUUCGACCUUCUUCCAACAAUGCAAAACCCUUCAAGCUUUAUCGAGGCUCAAAAGUUGUUCUUCUCCGGCACCUUCUUCUAUUUUGCUUCACUAUGGGCUGUUAAAAUCUCAAUAAACUUCCUCCAUAUUCAACUUACUAGGAGAUUCCAACGUAUCCACUUUCUAGCUGUCUGUAACUUAUACUUCUUGAUCGGGAUCUGGCCACUUAUCUACGUAAUAUAUUUUUUCGCCUGCUGGCCUCUGGAACGAAGGUGGGCCUUGCCAUCAGGUCGACAAUGUCCGCCAAUAGUACAUGCCUGGGACUUUUCGGCAGUAUGCAUACUACCAUUCCCAGCUUUACUCAAAGUCACCGAAAGACGGCUCAGGAUCGCAAUAUGUGGCGUUUAUAGCAUCGCAAUUGUUGCUAUAAUUGUCAGCAUUAUCCGCAUUAUCUUGCUAGCGAUCGACGUUCAAAACAGCAUCAAGAGGAUUAUGGUUCUCACGGCUGUGGAGGUAACUGUCUGUCUAGUCGUCGGUAUACUGCCUGGAAUAUCCUCAUCUUUUACAAAGAGGUACGCUCAAGGGGGCUCAGAGUUCAGCAAGUCCACACCCUCGAGUAGAUUAAAGAGUGGAAAACUUAACAAACCCACCUUUGCGCGACUCUCUGGCCAUGAUGCGUCGGUAGUGGGAGAUAGCGGUGAUGCGAAUGCGGUGGAACUUUCCAAACUUGGCCAUCGCGAAUUCGGCUUCGCGGAGCAAGAAAAUUAUACCAAUUGCUUCACAGGUUCAACAGACCAAAUCAUUGGCCCGGAGAAAGGGGGGAUCACGACGACAACCCACAUGAGAUGA